AUGUCCUCUAUUCUUCCGCCCGAGUGGGUGGAGAUGGAACUGGGCGAUAUGAGCAAAUCCAUCUUCAACGAGCUGCCUCUAUCCGAGGAUAAGGCGGAUCUGAAAAAGAGCUGUCUCGAAACCGCCUGCGCUUUGCAAGAUGGUCAACUUCUCAAGCUCCUAGCGGAAACUCGUGAUGGUCUAAUCGAUUCGAAACUGAGAUCCAAGAUUUGGCCGCAGUUACUGGGCUUCCCUAUUGACCCGCAGCUGGGCUAUGACUUCACAAGCAGCCCACCACACAAGGACGAGGACCAGGUAUCCAAGGACAUUGAUCGGAGUUUCGUCUACUAUCCUCAGAAUGAGGCCAGAAAGCAAGAAUUAAAGUCUCGGCUUUCCGAUUUGAUCGUGGGUGUUUUGCGCGCGAAUCCAGAGCUGCACUACUACCAGGGAUAUCACGAUAUCGCCUCUAUCGUGGUCAUGGUCUUCGAGAACGACAACGAGGCCUUCCAGUUUUUGUCUUUACUUACCCAGUUCCAUCUGAGAGACCAUAUGAUGAGUUCCAUCGACUCUUCGGUGCAGCAACUGGAAAUUAUUGGCGAUCUCAUGGGAUGCAUAGAUCCCAAGUUCAAUAGGGUGAUCAGCUCUGUCAAUCCGAUAUACUCGCUUUCUUCGAUUCUGUCCUUGUUUGCACAUAACAUUCAGAGCUUUGAAGAUUUGUGUCUUAUAUGGGACUUUGUGUUUGCGGAAAAAACAAUGGUAUUGCCGUUAUACAUCUAUGUCUCUGUUCUGGUGUAUUUCAAGGAGGAGAUUCUGACGAAGCUGGAGGAGGAAUCUGGCUCCAGUUUCAGCAGUGAAGAUACAUAUUUUGAAGAGGACGAUCUUCCCAUGAAUCUGGAGAACAAUCUGGACAUCUUGCACAGUAUUCUGACCAACGUGGUUGGUGAAAAUCUGGGUAAUGAGUUUGAAAUUUUCCAGGUUCUCCAUUCUUCUGUGGAGUAUCUCCAGAACCACCCUCCCAGUCAGCUCAAGUGUUUCCAGACUCGCAUAUCGGAGUUCUCAGUGCUCAAGACAACCUCCAAACCGGAAGGAGAUGUGCCAGUCUCUUCGUACCUCGAGGACGACCGCUUGAGCACCCUUAUAACGAAGCAGAUUGACGAGGAUAAAGCAAAGGCGGAGAAGAGACGCCUGCAAUUGAUUGCCUCAAGGAGACCACGCAAGACCUCCAGUAUGGAUAAUUUGAGAAAGUAUCUCUACGACCGGGUUCUCAUAAAUAGAAACAGGAAGCUCAAGGUUUCUAUGUUCGUCAAGAUAUCCUUCACCAUUGGAAUUCUGAGUUUUCUUCUCCAUUACUAUACGGAUAAGGCCCAGUUCAGAAGUUUGUAUGGUGCAGGAGUCAAUGGGGUCCACAACAUGGUGAUAGUGAAAUUUGCGUCUUUUUCAAAUACCGUCGCAGGAAUUAACUUUGGUGCUGCCAAAGAAAGUGUUUUUGGUCUAUUUUGA